AGGAGUCUAGAGAACCUUUCUUGACCAUGCAGGGUUCCAAGGGAGUCGAGAACCCGGCAUUCGUCCCUUCCAGCCCAGACACCCCACGCCGUGCGUCUGCGUCGCCUUCCCAGGUGGAGGUCUCUGCUGUGGCCUCCAGGAAUCAGAAUGGGGGUUCGCAACCUCGGGAAUCUGAAGAUCCCCAGAAGUCAACUGAGCCAUCUCCUCCUUCUUCGACUCUCCCAGCUUCUGAUGAGCCGCCGGGGUCACAGCUAAGCGAGCUUGAGGAGGGACCUUGCGGGUGGAGGAACUUCCACCCCCAGUGUCUUCAGCGCUGCAACAACCCCAAAGGUUUUCUGCUUCACUACUGUCUCUUAGCCCUAACGCAAGGUAUUGUAGUAAAUGGCCUAGUAAAUAUUAGCAUUUCCACCAUCGAGAAGCGCUAUGAAAUGAAGAGUUCCCUGACCGGCCUGAUAUCAUCGAGCUACGACAUCUCCUUUUGCGUGUUGUCUCUGUUUGUGUCUUUCUUUGGUGAGAGAGGACACAAACCUCGCUGGCUUGCCUUUGCAUCCUUUAUGAUCGGACUGGGAGCGCUGGUGUUUUCUUUACCACACUUCUUCAGUGGGAGAUAUGAACUGGGAACCAUUUUCGAAGAUACCUGCUUAACAAGGAACAGCACCAGAUGUGCUUCUUCAACCUCUCUGCUUUCUAACUACUUCUAUGUCUUUGUCCUGGGACAACUGUUGCUGGGGACUGGAGGAACUCCGCUCUACACCCUGGGAACGGCCUUCAUUGAUGACUCUGUACCCACACACAAAUCUUCUCUAUAUAUCGGUAUUGGCUAUUCUAUGUCAAUCCUAGGCCCAGCCAUUGGCUAUGUGUUGGGAGGACAGCUGUUGACAAUGUACAUUGAUGUUGCUAUGGGACAAAGUUCAGAUCUGACUGAGGAUGAUCCCCGGUGGUUGGGGGCUUGGUGGAUUGGAUUCCUUUUAGCUUGGCUCUUUGCUUGGUCUUUGAUAAUGCCUUUCUCCUGUUUUCCAAAGCAUUUACCAGGGACAGCAAAAAUUCAAGCUGGCAAAACUUCCCAGACUCAUCAAAAUAAUAGUACUUCCUUCCAACAUAUGGAUGAAAAUUUUGGGAAAAGUAUUAAAGAUUUUCCAACUGCUGUGAAGAAUUUGAUGAGGAAUACAGUCUUUAUAUGUUUAGUUCUAUCAACUACUUCUGAAGCACUAGUUACCACGGGAUUUGCCACGUUUUUACCUAAAUUUAUAGAAAAUCAAUUUGGAUUGACAUCGAGCUUUGCGGCAACACUUGGAGGGGCUGUUUUAAUUCCUGGAGCUGCUCUUGGUCAAAUCUUAGGUGGUGUUCUUGUUUCAAAAUUCAAAAUGAAGUGUAAAAAUACAAUGAAGUUUGCGUUAUGUACAUCUGGAGUAGCACUUAUGCUGAGUUUUGUAUUUAUUUAUGCAAAAUGUGAAAAUGGGCCAUUUGCUGGUGUGUCUGAAUCAUAUAAUGGAACAGGAGAGAUGGGGAAUCUGACUGCACCUUGCAAUGCCAAUUGCAAUUGUUUGAGAUCCUAUUAUUACCCACUCUGUGGAAGUGAUGGAGUCCAGUAUUUUUCUCCCUGCUUUGCAGGUUGUUUAAACUCAGUUUCAAACAGGAAACCAAAGGCAUAUUAUAAUUGUUCCUGUAUUGAAAGGAAAGUCGACAUCACUUCUACUGCAGAAAGCCCUGAUUUUGAAGCAAGGGCUGGAAAAUGUAAAACUCAGUGUUCAAACCUGCCCAUAUUUCUCGGCAUCUUCUUCAUCACUGUGAUUUUUACCUUUAUGGCAGGUACCCCCAUAACUGUGUCCAUAUUAAGGUGUGUCAAUCACAGACAGCGAUCUCUAGCACUGGGAGUGCAGUUCAUGCUUCUUCGGUUGUUAGGCACGAUACCUGGGCCAAUUAUAUUUGGCGUCACAAUAGACAGCACGUGUGUUCUGUGGGACAUCAAUGAAUGUGGAACAAAGGGGGCGUGUUGGAUCUAUGAUAACAUCAGGAUGGCGCAUAUGCUGGUGGCUAUAAGUGUUACUUGUAAAGUCAUCACCAUAUUCUUCAAUGGACUUGCGAUAGUUCUCUAUAAACCACCGCCCCCAGGAACGGAGGUAUCAUUUCAAAGUCAGAAUGUAGUUGUGUCGACGAUUACAGUGGAGGAGGACCUCAACAAAAUAGAGAACGAAGGAUGAGAAAGAAGAGGAUACUGCUUUAGAAAAGUGGCUCCUUCCUGUCAGAACAAACUGUGCCAAGGCACCAUUGUCUUGUCCGGGUACACCAUGGCUUAAAACCCAUAUUUCAGUGGUCACUGUCUAUGUACAGAUUCCUAUUUUUGUUAAAGUGAAAAACAAAAGACAAACUCAGAACACAACAGGCCCACGCCUUUAAAGUUCACCAAAAGCCUCAAACCAUACAGAUUCUUAUUUAUUUCCAUUUUCUACCUAUAAAAUCACCACGGGGUAAACAGAACAAUGGCCAACAAAACAUAGUUAAAAGUUUAUGCUUUAAACACAGCUAUGCACACAAAGUAAAACAUUAGUUUUUAUUUCUUUUGCUUUUUUUUUCACAUACCCCAUACAGCCCAGGAAGUCCGGUAGCUAAAGAUGACCUAGAUGCCUGAUCCUCCUGGACUUACAUCUCAUGUACUGAGGUUACAAGCCUGUGUCACCCCCAUUGGCUCCCACUGUCAUAUUUUCAUUCUUUCUUUAACUAGUUCCACAUUAAUUUUCAUUGUUGAUUGUUUGAGCUUAUUUGAGAAGUUUACAGCACAAAAAUGUAGGCUGGUGAAAUUUAUGUGAUGGUUUUGGGGACUAGUUAUUUAAAACUCAUGGAAUUAAAAGACAUCUUUACAGUGUAAUUAGGUUUUAUAUAAUAUAUCCUCUCUGGCAUAUAUUUUCAUAGAAAAUUCCAAGCUGAUAGAAGGUAGGGUAAUUAUCUUUUUUGUGUCUCGAUACCCUACAGCCUCAGAACUAUCAGCAAGAAGUACGCAUUUUCAACUCAGAAUAAGAAUUCUAGGAGGGAAUUUGUUAAUGUUGUUGACUUUUAACACUAAAACGUACGACUGUGAUAGUAUUCCUCAAUUACAUAUUUUCAGAGAAAAGAACCAGCUUCCAUAAUGAAAAGUGCCAAGUAGACAAGCCAGGAGGACAUAAUGCACUAUUGAUAAGCGUCUAUAUAUCAACUACUUUAUAUUUUAUUUUACAAACUAAUCACCUCGCCCAUUCAUGAUAGUAACCCAAGUAGAGUUUCAUUGACUAGCCAUCAUGCAUUGCGAUUCAAUGGAAGUUUUAAAUUCAAUGAUGCAGUUACUGAAAGCUUGAGUGUUUCCAACCACCUUAUAUCUCAGUAACUAAAUUCCAUCUCUGAAGGUUCCUGACGAAGUUACUUAAAAUACUGAAGGAGUCUGUCAUUGAGCAUCAACAAAAAUAAUUUACUAUUGUGAAUACCAUUUCUAAUUAAUAAAAGUAUUACAGGGCUAAGGAUGUAGCUGAGUGCAAAUUCUAAAUUUGAUGCCCGGUCCUGAAAAGAACUAUUCUGUUGUUUGUUUUUUUGUUUGUUUUUUUGUUUGUUUUUUACAAAUCAAAUCUUUUCCUUUAAUUAGCUUCCCCAGCCAGCCCUCCCACAUCUCUAUCACCUAUAUUAACUCUUUAUAAGCUUCGUGAAUCAGUUUCUCCCUCAGGGCAACACAGGCCCAGAAAAAAGACCUGGAAGAAAAUUAGAAUUAGAGACACUAGAAUUCACAGAAUUUACAUAGCUGUGCCUGGUGGUCAUCCAUGUAUGGUCCAUGACUUCAGAAACUUUUGUAAGCCAAAUUCAAGAAAGAGGGAUGAGCUAGGAGUUAGACUCAUAAGCACCUUCAAUAUUCAAUGAGAGAGGACAGUCUCAGGAAACAGACCUACUUAUCUCAGGAACUUACAUACUAAAAAUCAAUUUGAAAGAAUUCAGCCAAAAUUCAGGUAUUUGGGAGGCUGACACUUCUAUCAUGCAAAGGGAUAGUACAAGAAAGAUAGGGAAAUCCACACGAUACCUCGGGGGAGAAAAUUUCUCCUGACUUUCUGGGCACAUUUUAAAUACUGCGUCCAUUGCGGCCAAGGGGACGAGAAGACAGCCUUUCUACAAUCCCACGUGUGGAAGCAUGGCAGUCUGUGAGGAGGAUAAGCUAAUGCAAUCCUGAGAAGCUUAGUGAUAGAAACACGAAGUGAGAACGAGAAAGAAAACAAGCUAUCUGCACAGACAAAAGGGUAUGUGGCCCCUCAGGGAGAGAAGUGAAAAGUCCCAGACAUGUCUGUUAAACAGGUCAGUAGAGAAUUGUUAUUCUAAUAGUUAGUGGUCAUCAAAUGGACGUCGUCUUCACUAUACUCAGUUUUUCCUAUCUCACUUUUUUUUUUAACAAACGUGCAAAUGAAAAUGGCUAAAGGAACCGAUAAUUUCGGCACUUGAAUAUACAUAUUUAGAAAGGAUACCAACAUUUGGAAUGAAGUGAACACACUACUGUAAUCAUCAUUCCCAUUUGUAAAUUCAUGCAGAUUACAUGUGUUGGUAUGCUGCUUUUAGAAUAUAUUUUCAUGAUAUGUAUUUGCCAGAGCUUAUAAUUAUUUUAAAAUAACUUGCAGGUGUACCUGCUGUAAUUUUGUACAUAAUUGAAUAUAUCUUAAAAUUUGUAAUAUUUUGAUUUUCUUAACUGCGAAAAAUAAAAUUAUAGUACUCUUUCUUAACCAUGGAAGAACUGUAUACAUUUGACUUUGCUAUGUAAAUUGGAAGAAAUAUAAAUACAAUGUAGGCCUAUUUUCUUUGUUGCAAACAACUCUGUAAAUAAUUGAUACAUAUAAUUUUUAUUAAAUCGGAAUAUUUAUAUUA